GAAAGAAUGGAAGUACCUACUAAAGAAGUGGCAGAAAAGCAAAGAGUAGUACACACACAGAUCAUUAAUGUAGCAAGUAGUAAAAGAAAGCUACAAACAGUGAAAAACCAAGCAAAUAAAAGCUAUCACAGAUUUAAAAAAGGAAUCUCAUUGGUGGUUUCUAAAAUCUUUUACGACCUCUUUUCUCAGUUUUAAUAUUAUAUUUGUACAGAAUUCGACGUCGACCUCGUAUCAGUUGAAUAAUACAGUGAAUACAAGGAUUUGAUAAAGUAUUGAAUUCCAAGGCAUUUUUUUAGACAAAAUAAACUUAAGAUUAAAAAGGAAAAACUUUACAAAAUGAAUGGAAUAAAGGAAGGAGAUAAUAUACUAAUAAUAUGGAAAAACAAUGACCAAAAUGAUUUAUCAGCAAUUGUCAAUGAAUUAAAAAAACUAUCAAAAAAAGGACAAAUUGUUUUAGAAAAUGCGGAUAUGAUUUCUGAUUCAUCUCGGCAACAUUCAUCAUUUGAUGUUGUUAUGUCUAACUGGUUGGCACCAUAUGGCAUCAACCACACCGACAAUCUUCUAGCUAUCAUUAUCAAACUACUUAAACCAAGUGGUAAACUUUUAUUAAAAACUGAAAUAGAUCUUAUUAGUGCACUAAAAUUAAAUGGUUUCAUCAAUGUAUGCAGAGAUGAUAAUAUCUUCACAGCAGAAAAACCAAAAUUUGAGGUGGGCUCCAAAGCAACCCUUAAAUUAGGCAACAAACCAGCUGUAUGGAAAAUAGAUGACACUGUUGAAGCUCAGUGGAAUGGUGUUAAUGAUGAUGAAGUCAUUGAUGACAGCCUAUUACUGGAUGAAGAUGAUCUCAAGAAGCCAGACCAGCAAUCUCUUAGAGGUGGGUUGCUUCCAGUCUUGUUAUUCAAGAGCAUUAGUAAAACAUUUAUUUUUAUGUUAAAAGUGUGGCAAACAAGCUUACGGCCUACCUGAUGGUAAGUGGCCACCAUAGCCUAUAGAUAGCCCCCUAUGCAGAGGAUGCAUGGAGGCAGAAGACACGCCACAUGUCAUCAUGGAAUGCAGGAGUGUGACCAACCAAGGGGCAUGACUUCUCCAGUUGCCAGAAUCGUUUCUGGAAGCUUGCAGCAGUCUACCAGGGCUGCUUUCCUUCUGGACCAAUAUAGGCUGGCUGGAGUAAACGGAAGUGUUUUGAGACACGCACAAUGGUCUAAUAAUUAGGACUAAGUGCCGAAACCGCCCUGAAAAAGUAAACUAAACUAUAAAAGCCUAUAGACACUUGCAAUACAAAGCUAUUACUCACACUUUUGCAUCCUCUGACCCCAUCCCCUACCCUGUGGAGCACUGGAACCUUACUCACCAACAGAAACACAACACUACCAAUGGAUUAUUUAACUGUGGUCUUGUAUGUGUUUUCUUAAAAUAUUUCACUUAGCAAUGAUAACACAAUGUGGGCUCCAAUUAUUUAUUAAAUUAUUAACUACCACUUAAAUCUAUAUGAAUAGAUACAUGUUGAUGGUUGUUUUUUUUAUCUAUUCCACUACUCCAAUCUAGAUUCCAAUUUGUACAAGUAAUAUUUGCCAAACUUUACUUAUAUUUUUAUAAUUUUGUUAUUUAGAACUACAUAUUUCACUUCUUCAUACUCUUAAACUACAUAGAAUAAUAUUGUGAAGCAAUAAAAAAUAUUUGUUAGUCUGUUUACAAGUUGUUCUAUAGUAAAAAGAACAUAUCCUAUGUAUGUAGAUAUUUUGGUCCACCCAUUAUUUAUCAACAUCAUGUCAAGGUCAACCUAUAGUUUAUUUUUGAAAAGUCAAUUCUAUUUGUGACCAAAAUAAAGUUCUUAAUAAUAUGAAAAUAUUAAUUUGUGAUACAGAUAUCAAUGAAAGCAAGGUAAAACAUAGGAAUACAUUAAAGAUUUAUAAAGUACUUUAUCAAAUUUUAUUAUCUUUCUGACUGCACAAUCUAGAUCAUAACAUCAGGUAGAUGGAGGUUUUGUGUUCCGAGCGUUCAAUGACGUAUGUCUAGGCCGCGCGUUUGUGUCGCGUCAUUCGCGCUUCGUCGUAGUCGAGGUUUUGUGUUGCCAAAUUUUAUUGAAUCGCCCGCCAUGCAAAUGAAUGAAUGCCUCAUACUUUGAAUGAAACUCGUGAACUUGAGAGGCGAAACUGAGUCAUUUGUUACUAGAUUAGGUUGCUUGGAAUUCAAAGUUAGGUUUUUCGGCCAUUCAGCAUCCAACUAAUCCUACUUCCUUCUAAUAUUAUUAAUGUGAAAGUAUGUAUGUUUGUUACUUAAUCAUGCAAAAACGGCUGAACGGAUUAGGGUGAAAUUUUACACACUGACAGCUUUAUCUGUAUGCGCGACAACGGGGAAACGGAAGGCCUGUGCGGAUUGUUCCUGUGGCUUAGCUGAGGAAUUGAAAGGAGAAGUGAAAGACACACCCAAGUCUUCAUGUGGCAGUUGUUACCUCGGCGACGCGUUCCGCUGCGCCACGUGUCCGUACCUGGGCAUGCCCGCGUUCAAGCCCGGCGAGAAGGUGAUGCUCGACCUCAACUCUGACGUAUGAGCUGGAAACUUAAUAUUGGUAUACAUUUAUAGAACUAAUUUUGUUCACCUACUGUGACCG